AUGCGAUUGUUCGUGGCUUGGGUUACAGCUCUUCUGCUCGCCUGUCGAGUACAGGCAGCGGCUGUCUUUGCUCACUUCAUGGUCACAAAUUCGGCCAACUAUACCUCCAGUGACUGGCAAAAUGACAUGAAAUUGGCGCAAGAUGCGCAUAUUGAUGCCUUUGCUUUGAAUAUGGCUUACGAUGACCCGACAAACACGAAAGCUCUUCCUGCUGCCUUUGCGGCGGCAGAUUCUGUUGGCUUCAAACUCUUCUUCUCGUUUGACUACGCUGGUAAUGGAGAUUGGCCGAUGACCGAUGUCGUCAAAUUGAUCAGCCAGUACAGCGCUCAUUCAUCGUACUUCUUCUACAAAGGAAAAGCCUUUGUUUCCACAUUCGAGGGACCAGAUCGAGCUAAAGACUGGCGCACGAUCAAACUUGCUACCGACUGCUUCUUCGUUCCGAGUUGGUCCUCCCUUGGAGCCAAGCCCGCUGUGGAGACAGGUGUCGUUGAUGGUCUAUUCAGCUGGGCUGGCUGGCCUUGGGGUGGUCAAGAUAUGGAUACCUAUAUCGAUGCAUCCUAUAUCCAGUACUUGGAUAAGUUACCGUAUAUGAUGCCGGUAUCACCUUGGUUCUUUACCAACUUGCCGGGCUACAAAAAAAAUUGGGUAUGGCGAGGCGAUCACCUUUGGCAUGACCGCUGGCAGGAGGUACUUUUCGUGCAGCCCGAGUUUGUUCAAAUCAUCUCAUGGAACGAUUAUGGCGAGUCUCACUACAUUGGACCCUUGUAUGACAAAGCCAUGGAAGCAUUUGAGAUUGGCCAGGCCCCAUUCAACUACGUGACUGAUAUGCCUCACGAUGGUUGGCGCACUACUCUACCCUACUGGAUCGAUAUGUACAAAACGGGAUCGGCAGAGGUGACCCAGGAGAGUAUCACAGCCUGGUAUCGACUGGCUCCUGCAGCGGCUUGCGGCAGUGGAGGCACCAGUGGCAACACUGCCUCGCAGUUGCAGAUUGAAUUCCCUCCAGCAGAGAUGGCUCAAGAUCGAGUAUUCUUUUCCGCUGUUCUGGGCUCUUUCUCUGGCGCCGUGGUCUCCAUUGGAGGGGAUGCUCAAACCGUGGGCUGGUCAUCUGUCCCAGGCGAUGAUGUCGGUGCCUAUCAUGGUAGUGUCGCCUUUGGUGGUCGGACUGGGCCAGUGACGGUGUCUUUGAUGCGCGAUAACGUUGUGAUUGCCACGGUUGAGGGCAAAGCCGUAUCUGGAAGCUGCCCGAAUGGCAUCCAGAACUGGAAUGCCUGGGUAGGAAGUGCGAAGACAGGGAGCACAGUGUCGGCCAAAACCACUAUCCCGCUUUCCGAGCAAAAGUGUACGAACGGGACUGGCGCUAACAACUUUGCGGGUCUCUGUGAGUUCGGUUGCACAUAUGGCUACUGUCCCCUAGGAGCUUGCACCUGCACCGAAAUGGGUAUUGGCCACAAAAAGCCGAAUUCGACCGGCGUGCUAGGAUAUCCCAUCUCAGGAGAAGGUGCCAGCUAUAGUGGACUUUGCAACUUCGAUUGCAAUCUCGGAUUCUGUCCCCCCUCGUCCUGUGGUACUGUGGAGGUCCCACUCUCAACGCCGUCUGUCUCCCCAUUCUUACCUCCGGCAUGCACCGCAGGAACUGGCGCAGGCAAUCUGGCUGGUCUCUGUGACUUCAGCUGUACGCAUGGCUUCUGUCCGAUGAAUGCAUGCACGUGUACGGGGCAAGGGGCAGUCAAUGUUAUGAAUCCCACGACCGAUGUCACUGGUGAGGCUGCCCCCGGGCAAGACGCAACUAUCUUGGGUCCCCUGUGUGAAUACACCUGUCAGCGCGGUUAUUGUCCCGAAGGGGCCUGCAUAUCGCGUACUGGAAGCUCCACUGGAUCAGGAUCGGGAUCGGGCUCUGCUUCUGAUGGUGGUUCUGAUGGUAGUCACGGCACGGGUGAUCUUUAUGUUGCCGCAUCUGUUGCCGAUUCCAAGUCAGGUUCGAACAUCGCUACUGGUAGUGCUCCGCUGAAUAUCAUUGUCGCCCCCUCUACCUUGGCUUCCACGACUACAUUCUCCGUCGGACCCUUGGUGAUGCCAAUCGAGGUGGCCUGGCCUACAACCAAGACUGUGACUAUCUCUGGGCAGACUACUGUCACUACCACAGUGACUCGCACUGUGCAGAACACGACCUUUGCCAUCCCUGAUAUCAAGACGACCCGAAUUCCAUGGUGGAAUUGGAAUAUCACUGCACCUCACGUCACACAGGCCUCCACGACACUGUUCCCUAGUUUUUCACUAGACCCAAUCGUGUUCACAGACCCUCCAAACCCCCAAGAUCCCACACAUCCUGAGCCAGCCUACCGGACUGUGUACCCUCCCCCCUGGCCUUGGUCCACUGCUUCUUUGUCUGUGGAGGUUCCGACCCCCACUAUCAAAUUUACUACAGGUAGUACCCCAGGUCCUACCUGUACGGCUGACUGUGGAACCAAGUGUACCUCCUUCUGUCAUAAACCGUGCCUGGUUAACUGUGACGACCCUAAGGCCCAUGAGAGCUGGGAAGACCCAGCGGAUCCUGAUCCCCCAACUAGCCAUUCCAAGUGUUCAGGCCCUGACUGUGAUGACAGUGGUGGUUGCACUGGCCCAUCCUGUGUGAAGAAGGGCUGCACCGGCACCGACUGUGACACUGACAACCAUGUCUGUCUUGGCCCCGACUGUGAGCAGACCGGUUGUCUUGGCAGCGGCUGCAAGUCUAAUGGCGUCUGUACUUCCGGUACCAAGUGCCAGACAGUUGGAUGUUAUGGCAACGACUGCAAUGGAUCUGGUCUCUGCCUGGCUCUCGACUGUAUUUCCCUCGGCUGCAUUGGCCUUGACUGCAUUUCAAGCACAGGAAAGUGCACCGGCUCUCGCUGCAGCAAGGUCACUUGCUCAGGCCCGAACUGCAAAAAUGGCAAAUGUGUAGGUGAAGGUUGCACGCCUGAAGAAAGUGACUGCGACUCUGUCGAGGCUGAUAUUUGCACUGAAACCGUCUACUCCUCUUUGGUGACUCCUGCUUCAACCUACACCACCAAGACCUCCACCAGUUGCGAAACUAUCACCGCCUGUGAUGUUGAGGCCUCUACAACCACCACAACUGUUUCAAGCAAACCACCAGUGAUCGUCACUAUAGAACCCUACCCCGAUUAUCCUGUCAUGAAUGAUGCAGAAGUGACUAGUGUUCGGAAGUCCAUGGAAGACAUGUUUUCAUCAAUUUGGGCUACCACUACUACUUCCUCGCCUUCUGAACCCACCGAUAUCCCCAUCGGGGGCGACUGCGACAAUAACGCCUACUGCACGGGCGACUGCCCCAAAGGCCAGAGUAUAGGAUGCAACAACGGAAAGUGCUCAUGCUCUGUCGACCAAAAUCCCCCGCCUUAUGGGACAAUGUGCCAGAGUGUCACGGAUUGCAACAGGGUUUAUUCCUGUGCACUUGGGGACAAUAUGGUGUGCGAGACACGGUCCUAUUCCAAUGGGGAACCGCUCUGUCUCUGUAUCAAAGGGAGUAGUUGA